CGUCGAGUCAUUCAAUUUUGACAAAGAAGCCUCUUGGAAAUUGGAGGUUUGUAAAUUGCCGUUAAUGUUUGACCUGGAACUUAUAAAGCUUUUUGUGCCAAUGACCUAUACUACAUGAGGUAAACGAAGUAACGAUAGGCGUUUCAAAAUUGAAUUUUGGUCACACGACUUGAUAUCCAGACCUCCUAAAAAUUGGCGGAUUAUUACGGUUGACUUGAGGUAUUUAGUUGAUGUUCGCGGGAAUAUAAUGGGUAGCACUGGUAAUAAGAGACGCUCACUUGCUUGAUGAAGUCGAGGGGAUAACACCUCUCCUUUUCGCCAACAUUAAACUUAGCAUUAGCAAUCGCGUAAAAUUUUUUUUACUAUAAGUCAGAUGGCAGUUUUCAUUAGUGGAUGUUAACCAGAGGAAAGAAGAAUUUCACAUUAACGAAAAAGCUUCAAGAUGCUGUCUUCGUUUUGUUUAAUCCUCUUAAUGGGAGGAUAUGCUUCGGCAGGUUAUACGACGUUCGAUAUAAUCAGAGAUGACCCAUCGAGCAGAUGGUUCUACUAUACUGGUAUGCAACUACGGAUGGAGGAAGUACUUGUGACACGCAGAUUGACAGUCUUUGUGCCAAAUGAUCAAGCCUUCAUGGGACUUUCGGAAAACCGACGGUUCCGACUCAGAAACUACCUCAACAGGCUCUACUACGUGUUCCUACAGCAUGUUGUUAUUGACAAAGCAAUAACUAGUGAUAAACUGAAAGAUGGGAUGGUAUUAGAAGCAGGCAUUGGCAGUCACUUGUUCAUAAAUGUCAGAAAAAAUAGAAAAACCGGAAAAGACGUCAUAUGGGUGAAUGGUGCCAGAGUUAUGCAUAAAGACAGGCUUGGGCUAAACGGGGUCGUUCACUUCAUAGACAAAAUUCUUUUCCCCGCUACAUAUUCUUUGGAUCAACUUAUGCAAAGAGACAGUCAACUUAGUAGCAUGAAAUCGCUUCUUAGUGAAUCAGCAAUCAAUCUGCCGACUGGUUUCACCCUGUUUCUUCCAAUCAACAAAGGAUUCGACAUUUUGAAAGGAGAGGUCUUAGAGGAAUUACGUGGAAACCUUCUCAGAGUUGAGGAAUUCAUACAGCAGCACUUAGUAACAAGCCCUGUUUUCCUGAGGCCGUUGAGCAAGGGUGACCAAAUGACUGUCUCUACAAUGGGAAAGACGAAACUAAUAAUUACCGCUGAUAACAAGGGCUUCUUAGUCGAAGUUUUUGGCAGGAAAAAUAUUAGAAGAGGGAGGAUACUACGAUGGGAUCGCACAGUUAAGAACGGUCUUGUUCAUUAUAUAGACCUCCCGUUAUCAGACGACGAAGAAUUAUACAAACCAAAUGAGAAUUCAAAACAAUUUCCUGAAACAACAAAACCAGACGAAAAUGAUCUCAAUGAAGAAAAGAGGCGAGCACAUCCGGAAAGACUUGCACCAAAGAAGAAAGAUGAAAAAAAGGAACCAUACGAGAAAGCGAGUGAAGACAAAAGCGCAGAGAAACCUGAACCAAAAGAAGAAGUUGAACAAAAGGAGAAACCCGAUUCACACGAGAAAGCAAGUGAAGACAAAAGCGCAGAGAAACCUGAACCAAAAGAAGAAGUUGAACAAAAGGAGAAACCUGAUUCACACGAGAAAGCAAGUGAAGACAAAAGCGCAGAGAAACCUGAACCAAAAGAAGAAGUUGAACAAAAGGAGAAACCCGAUUCACACGAGAAAGCAAGUGAAGACAAAAGCGCAGAGAAACCUGAACCAAAAGAAGAAGUUGAACAAAAGGAGAAACCCGAUUCACACGAGAAAGCAAGCGAAGACAAAAGCGCAGAGAAACCUGAACCAAAAGAAGAAGUUGAACAAAAGGAGAAACCCGAUUCACACGAGAAAGCAAGUGAAGGCAAAAGCAUAGAAAAACCUGAACCAAAAGUAGAAGUUGAAGAAAAGGAGAAACCCGAUUCACACGAGAAAGCAAGUGAAGACAAAAGCGCAGAGAAACCUGAACCAAAAGAAGAAGUUGAGCAAAAGGAGAAACCUGAUUCACAUGAGAAAGCAAGUGAAGACAAAAGCGCAGAGAAACCUGAACCAAAAGAAGAAGUUGAACAAAAGGAGAAACCCGAUUCACAUGAGAAAGCAAGCGAAGACAAAAGCGCAGAGAAACCUGAACCAAAGGAAGAAGUUCAAGAAAAGGAGAAACCCGAUUCACACGAGAAAGCAAAUGAAGACAAAAGCGCAGAGAAACCUGAACCAAAAGAAGAAGUUCAAGAAAAGGAGAAACCCGAUUCACACGAGAAAGCAAGUGAAGACAAAAGCGCAGAGAAACCUGAACCAAAAGAAGAAGUUCAAGAAAAGGAGAAACCCGAUUCACACGAGAAAGCAAGUGAAGGCAAAAGCGCAGAGAAACCUGAACCAAAAGAAGAAGUUGAACAAAAGGAGAAACCCGAUUCACACGAGAAAGCAAGUGAAGACAAAAGCGCAAAGAAACCUGAACCAAAAGAAGAAGUUCAAGAAAAGGAGAAACCCGAUUCACACGAGAAAGCAAGUGAAGACAAAAGCGCAGAGAAACCUGAACCAAAAGAAGAAGUUCAACAAAAGGAGAAACCUGAUUCACACGAGAAAGCAAGUGAAGACAAAAGCGCAGAGAAACCUGAACCAAAGGAAGGAGUUGAACAAAAGGAGAAACCCGAUUCACACGAGAAAGCAAGUGAAGACAAAAGCGCAGAGAAACCUGAACCAAAGGAAGAAGUUGAACAAAAGGAGAAACCCAAUUCACACGAGAAAGCAAGUGAAGACAAAAGCGCAGAGAAACCUGAACCAAAGGAAGAGGUUGAACAAAAGGAGAAACCCGAUUCACAUCAGAAAGCAAGUGAAGAGAAAAGCGCAGAGAAACCUGAACCAAAGGAAGAAGUUGAAGAAAAGGAGAAACCCGAUUCACACGAGAAAGCAAGUGAAGACAAAAGCGCAGAGAAACCUGAACCAAAGGAAGAAGUUGAAGAAAAGGAGAAACCCGAUUCACACGAGAAAGCAAGUGAAGACAAAAGCGCAGAGAAACCUGAACCAAAAGAAGGAGUUGAACAAAAGGAGAAACCCGAUUCACAUGAGAAAGCAAGUGAAGACAAAAGCGCAGAGAAACCUGAACCAAAAGUAGAAGUUGAAGAAAAGGAGAAACCCGAUUCACACGAGAAAGCAAGUGAAGACAAAAGCGCAGAGAAACCUGAACCAAAAGAAGAACUUCAAGAAAAGGAGAAACCCGAUUCACACGAGAAAGCAAGUGAAGACAAAAGCGCAGAGAAACCUGAACCAAAAGAAGAAGUUCAAGAAAAGGAGAAACCCGAUUCACACGAGAAAGCAAGUGAAGACAAAAGCGCAGAGAAACCUGAACCAAAAGAAGAAGUUGAAGAAAAGGAGAAACCCGAUUCACACGAGAAAGCAAGUGAAGGCAAAAGCGCAGAGAAACCUGAACCAAAGGAAGAAGUUGAACAAAAGGAGAAACCCGAUUCACACGAGAAAGCAAGUGAAGACAAAAGCGCAGAGAAACCUGAACCAAAGGAAGAAGUUGAACAAAAGGAGAAACCCGAUUCACACGAGAAAGCAAGUGAAGACAAAAGCGCAGAGAAACCUGAACCAAAGGAAGGAGUUGAACAAAAGGAGAAACCCGAUUCACACGAGAAAGCAAGUGAAGACAAAAGCGCAGAGAAACCUGAACCAAAAGAAGAAGUUGAACAAAAGGAGAAACCCGAUUCACAUGAAAAAAGAAGUAGAGAAGCUGCUGCAAAGAAUCUUGAAGUCACUGAAGCUGGAAAAAGGAAAAAGCAGAUGCCAGAUAUAAAAGAAAAGAAAAAGCUGAUAAGGAAAGCUCAGAGAAACCAAAAUUGAAAGAAAAAGUUGAAGAGAAGAUACCAGCAGAAAAGGCUUCCAAUGAGGAGGAUGGAAUGGCAAAACCAACAGCUGCAAUUACAUACACUUCAACUCAAGGUGAAGUUGCAACUACCAGAGGACCCACACUGGCAACAGAGAGUGUUAUAAUGAGAGACUAUCUCGGACCACCAAGAACUAUUUUUGAGCUGCUGACAGAGAAUGGCCUAACAGUGUUUGCUUCACACAUAAGCAAAUA